UGAUAUUUCCAUGGUAAAGGUGUUGUUUAGGCCAUUGCGUUUGUUUGGUUACGUCUGGUGUCGUAAGUGUCGCUGUCCGUUUUGAUGCUUCCUGGUUCUACGUCGGGCUCUUGAUGGAACUUCAUCUUGUAAUUACUGGUGUAUUAUCUACUGAAAUUCUGUCAUUUUGCCACUUAGUUACAUAUAUGUUAUGAACCGUUCAUUUCUCUAGUUAAAAAGACUAGAUAUAUACCCCGUCUGUACAUGUUUGGCUAAAGGUCAAAAUUUGAGUGUCAUAUUCAUUUUUACACCUUGGUUCUAAUUUGGAUAGGAUUGUAUGCGGGACGUAAUUUGGUUAUGUUUAUUUACCGAUGGGCAAAUGGUCUACUGAUUCGCCGAGUCCUAGACAUGCGUCAGCGUCUCCUGAUGCAGAUGACGAUCCCGAUUGGUCUUCAUCUCGAGAAAAAGAUAAAGAAUCAAGUAAAUCUUCAAGUGGGUUACGUCGUAGUUCUCGGGUUAUUAAGCGUCCUUCUGUUUUUACGGUAGUCCAUGAGGAGCGCGGUGACCGUGAUGUCAGGGCUGCUAUAAAGCGUAGUCGUGUGGAAACUCAGCAUUUAAACAUUGAUUACGCGUCUCUCCCUGAGGUUCCCACUAUACAACUCACUGCUGAUGAAUUCGUUGAUCCAGUGACUGUAUGGAAUAAAUACUAUCCUUUGGGCAUCAAAUAUGGCGCUAUAAAACUCGUGCCUCCCAAAGGAUGGCACGGCAUGUGUCCACUUGACCUUAACCGUAUGAAAUUCAAAGUGCGUGAGCAGCAGUUACGUCACUUAUCAAAUGGCACUGGAUUCUCUCAUCCUGGUUAUGACUGGGACUGUCAUCACAUGCGCUUAUCAGAUUCUCGGUUACUGAAGGAUAUUUUUGGCACCAGUAUUCCAGCUGCUAAAGAUGUGGAGAAUGAGUACUGGCGCAUUGUCCGUUCUGGUGACCGUGAUUUAACCGUGAAAUACGGUGCUGAUUUGAACGUAUAUUCCCCGGAAUAUGAGGAGUACCUUGUAGACGUCUCUAAAACUUGUUACUUCGAUGACCCAUGGAAUCUAAAGAAUCUGUCGAAAUCUCCAGGGUCACUGUUACGUUAUGCUCAGCAUCCUAUCCCUGGUGUCACCAGUCCGUGGCUAUAUAUAGGAAUGGGUUUAACUUCAUUUUGUUGGCACACUGAGGACAAUUACUUUGGUGCUGUUAACUACCAUCACUUUGGUGCCCCAAAGAUAUGGUAUGUAGUUCCGCCUAGUAAGGCUGGUCGUCUUGAGUCAUUACUGAAGAACUACUGUUCUCGUGAGGGUGAUGAGUUUGCUAUGUAUAGCCUUCGUAUUCAAGUUCCUCCCGAUGUUGUUGUUUCUAACGGUAUUCCAGUAUAUCGUUUAGUUCAGUCUGCUAAUGAGUUUGUGUUUGCCUGGCCUCGUGCAUUUCACUCUGGCCUGAAUGUGGGUUACAAUUGCAAUGAGGCUUGUAACAUAGCACCUGUUUCUUGGUUGCCUAUGGGUUACCGUGCUUUGUUGAAUUAUCGUUUUUACCGGAAGACUUGUAUAUCAUAUUUCACACUUGUUAUGAGUGGUGUUUGCCACUACCGCGACAUGUCGGCUUCUGAUUUAAAUUACAUGAUUGACGCACUCUUGCUACUUAUUGCACAGGAGUUCGACGAUCGUAGUAGUGUUACUUACCCACGUGUCCAGAUGUACCUGUAUUUGGGUGCCUCUGAUGCCUUCAAUGUUGAAUAUCUAUUCGAGAAGGCCUGUAGCCAGCACGAUUUUGACCCUGCUGGUUUUGUUCGCGCUCUUGAGCUUUUAUGUAGUUCCUCUGAGGACGAGUUUCUUGAGGGCUGCAAUUUGUUGUGUAACGUAUCCAUGAAGGACUGCGACCUUUGCGAUACUCCUACGUUUGGAAGCUGCAUAACUUGUGCCCAUAGCAAUUGUACCGUCUGUAUUACUUGCUACAAGUACCACCCUUGCAAGUGUUCCACUCGGGUUGUUUUGUAUCGUUACCCACUACAAGCUCUUGACCGUAUGGUAUACAUUUUGAAGCGCGAGUUUGUGAAAAAGACUUGCGAUGAAUGGAGCUCUCCUGGGGAUUAUCGCAUUGUUCCCUCUGAGAUGUUGUUUGAUGUGGAUUCCGGAUCACUAUUUAGUGUGUCCAAGUUGUUACGUCAGGGUGAUAUUGCUCUCCCUGACGUUUGUACAUCUACCCCUACUAAGUCAUUUGAGCAGGUGAACUCUGAUGUAGAGAACCUUGCUACUACGGAUUACGUUACUUCCUGUGAAUCACUUUGCAAUUUAGCUAUGGGAGAUGUUUGUGAAUGGGAUUCUUCUUGGUUUGAUGAUAUAACUGCUGCGUUUCAUCGCUGGUACAAUGGUUCUCGCAGUGUACAGCGUGAGGGCGAAGAGUCAAUAUAUGGCGAAAUCACUUUUACAGAGCCUUGCAGUAUAACGGAUGGUACGUUCAAUGUUGUAAACCAUCCCCGUGCUCUUGCCACAAUCACGAAAUUUACUGUUCGUUACCUCAUGCUGUCACUUGAGGAGGACUGCAACUACCUUCCGCAGCAAUAAUCUAC